AUGGGCUCUGGCUCUUGGCUGGGCUUUGAGUCUGGAGGAGUGGGCGGCUGGCUAUACGCCCUGUUGUGCGUGUGCCUGAGGAUGCAGGUUGGUGCCCAAUGCCCUGAAGGCUGUCACUGCGCUUGGGAGAGUCACACCGUGCUGUGCGCUGAUGCUGGCCUUCACGAGGUCCCGAGGGAUUUGCCCACCGACACUGUCUCACUUCACUUGGAGCGCAACUUCAUCCGCUCGUUGCCCGAAGACGCUUUCCAGGACCUGCUGCAUCUGCGUGACCUCCACCUCUCUCACAACCGCAUCAACUCGCUGGCAUCGGGGGCCCUGCGUCAUCUGAGCACCGAGCUACGGCUCCUGGACCUCUCUCACAACCAGCUACGGCAGGCGACCCGUCAGGAGUUCGGCUCCACACGUGCCAAGACACGCCUGUACCACAACCCCUGGCACUGCGACUGUGCCCUGCAGGAGCUGAUGGAGACGCUAAACCUGGAGCCAGAAACUGUGAACGGUAUUGUGUGUGAGACCUCAGCGCGUGGGGCUGGCAUUGCCGAGGGCAGCCGCUGGGAGGACCCGGGGAGCUCCAGCGACCAUGUCGGCCAGCCGCUGGUGAAGCUUCUAGACUCCGGCGUGAACUUCUGCAGUCUACAGCGUAAGACCACCGACGUAGCCAUGCUGGUGACCAUGUUUGUGUGGUUUUUCAUGGUCAUUGUCUAUGUGGUCUAUUAUGUUCGGCAGAACCAGGCGGAGGCCAGGAGGCAUUUGGAGUACCUCAAGAGCCUGCCCAGCCCACGCAAGGCACCCACAGAGACUGACACACUCAGCACUGGCUUAUGA